UGUCAACAAUGGAAGCAAGUAUUGUGCUGGCCAUGGUGGCCAUGUUGUUAUGGGCAAGAGGAGCUGUGGCACAGUCGUCCCAUUGUAGCAAUGUAUUCAUCACUCUCUCCCCUUGCCUCAAUUACAUCACCCGCAACUCCUCGACCCCGUCGCCGAGCUGCUGCUCGCAGCUGACCACCGUCGUUCGCUCGCAACCGCAGUGUCUUUGUGCCUCCUCACUUGGAGGGAUCAAUGUCAACCAAACUCUGGCUCUCGCUAUUACUCGUUGUAAUGUCGUUUCUCCGUACAGUUCGGCUGAAACACCAAAAUCUCCAAGCGAGGAGUCUAGAGGUACCGGUAAAACUAAAACACUGAACUUUACUUCAAAAUUUAGUCACCAUUUUUGCAUUAUUGCAAGCUUUCAACUGAUUAAUCGAGAAUCUUCACGCCUGUAA